CUUGGUCUUGCCACUAGAAAGGAAGGAGUGAAGCAGCAGAGGAAGAGGAGGCGGUUGCUAGGUGACUCCAGUCCAGAUGUACCCACUUUACAGAAGAGUAGACCAACCCUGCUUUCUGCUGCCAAGUCAAACAGUCAGUUUCAGGAAAUAAAUGGAGCCAUGGACACAGAUGAAAAGAAACAGUUUCUUGCACACCUUGAAUUAAAGCCCCUAGUUCCUUUUCAAAGAGAAGCGAGUUAUGCAGAAUACAAUACCAGCUCUCAAUUGUCAGCUAAGAUGCACAAAGGGCAGACACAGAGUUCUGAUCAAUCUGGAGAGGACCAAAGUGAGGGCACUGCCAAUGAGGAUGAAAUGGAGUGGCAGACGAAAUGGCAGGGCAUUGCCUCUGUGUUCGAAACCUACCAAGAGUACAUGGAAGAGAAAGACUUGGAGGAAAGUGUUCUUCAUGAGCAACUGAGAUGCCUAAAAGAAAUAAAUGAUGAACUGAAUUUCAUUGCCAAUAACCUCAGCUCACAUAUGCAGGGGCUGGAGGCAAAUAAACAGAAAUUGGAAACUGAGCGAAAAAACCACCAGACUGCUCUUGACUGCCUGAAAAAGUGCCUUAUUUCUUCAAUGUAACAGAAGACAGAACCAUUUUAAGGAAUGAAAGGCAAAAUCUUGUACACCGUAUGCCUCUACACUUGAAGGGCAUUACAACGGCAGUAGAAAAACCCAAGUUCUAUUGUAUAUACAGUAUUGUUUUAGAGAGAUACCAAAAUAUCCACUGUAUUUUUCAAUGUAUUUAGUUAUGCAGAUCAAAUGUAUUAAGAACAUUUAUUUAAAUAUAAGAAAAUGACCUGUUACAUUAAGCUAAAAUUUGCAAACUAAGCAAAUAAUUUUUAGAAAUAUUUUUUUUUAAAUCAUCAGCUUUAUUGAGAUGUAACUAGAAGUGUGAUAAUUUAAACAAGUUAAACAUUGCUAUACUCACCCAAAAUGAGUGCAGUAAUCUGUUAGUCAGACUUUUCAGAUGCAGGUUUCUACUUAGUGCUUCUGAAUUAUUUAAAUAUAGAUUAUAUGGAUCUCAAGCACCUGAGCUGCCAAUGUUUCUCUUUGAAGAACAGAAGUCACACUUAACAUCUGUAACAGAUACAGCUCUUUACUGCCUUCGGUUCUGAAUCUUAUUACAGGCAUGCAAAACGGGGAGAUGCAGGUCCCUAGAUAUUUUCAGUAAUGCUUUAUAAUCUGUGGCAUAAAUUAAUAUUAAAUAGAUAUGCAAUUGCACAUUAAUGUUAAAUUAAUAUUUAAUACAUAUGCAACAGCUGGUUUCUUGCUAAAUGUUAACCAAAUGUCGAAUGAAAAUGUAAUUGCAUAUCACGUCCAUUUAUAUUACAUUUUGUUACUCUUGAAAAUAUGUAAUCAUUUCUCAUUGUUUACCUGUUUUUAAUUGAAAAUACAGUUAAUCUGACUUAAAUGUUAAUGGAAAGUAACAAGGAAUAAUUGAACGUAAAUUUAAUAUCAAUUGCAUAUCCUAUUAAAUAUUAAUUUAACAUUGAUAUAAUAUGUAAUUGCAUAUCUAUUUAAUAUUAAUUUAUGCCACACAAUAUAAAGCGUUACCAUACUUUCUUUAAGAAUUUGUAAAUUGUCUGAGAUAUAUUGACAUUUACCACUGAGUUGUUACAUUAGCUUUGAGGGUUUUUAUGUUUGUAAUAUCAGGUUCUCUAAGCUUUGUUGAAUUACAUUUGUUGGUGAAAUUAAAGAGCACUUAGUAUGGGUAUUAAAUGUGUCUUAUCUCCCAGUAUAGCUGGUACAAAUGUAUCCAUGAACCAAUCCCCCUGUAACAAUCUAAUCUGUGUACAGUAUGUCACAUCUGUAGGAAAUACCACAAAUGUGAAACAGAAACGUAUAUACAAAGUAAAUUUAAACAAGAUAAAUAAUUCAUUAAUUAGAAUAACUCUUAUAUAACUCAGUUGUAAGGUUAUACGUUUGGUUGCUGUUGCAACGCAUGGUAAAACCUGAGACUUUUGAUGGAUUACACUAUGUGACACAAUUUUUGUUCAUGGGUAAUAAGUGUUAUUUCCUAA